AUGAGUCCUACCACAUGGCAGAAGUAUGGAAAGCUACUCAGAAGUCUCCAAAAGGCAAUCCAGGGACCAGAAGCAUUGAAUGUUGAGACCUUGGCUGCGGCGACAAUUUUAUACCAGACCGGAGGGCUCCUUAGCUAUGAGCAGCACGAACCAAGCCGGAUGCAGCAAGAGCGAGGUAUUGUAACUUUGACUCGAGAAAGAGGGUUGCCAAACCCAGACGACCCGCUCGAUGCCAUGCUAGCAUUUGAGAACCGAGUCAUUAUUGAAACUCUAAGCCUCCGUUCACCGAAAGAUACAGAGUUCUACUACACCGGUCCCUGGAUACAGACUAUGGAAAGGGUGGUGGAGAAUGUUCUGGGGGAGCCAGGUCGUACGGAUAAAAUGGGAGCGCUGACCGCUAAAUACAACCCACGUGUGGUAGGGUGGAUAAAGAAUCUACGACAAAUCAGACCAAGUGCAGCUUCUUGCAACGAGAUGGCCAGCACAAUGAAAGAGGAACUAUAUCGGUGUCUUUCUGCCUUGGAGGCACGGUUUCCGGACUACUGGACGAGUCUACAGGAAGAAUUCGGAGAUAUUACAGAAAUUGCGGACCCCGAAUUUUUCCUCGGAAAGAGAUAUCACGUCGAAAACGCCAUGACAUUUCACUGCUUAACUGACGCCUUUAUGUUUCAACUCCUUGUACCUCGGAUGAUCGCCGUGCUCCAGAGGACGUACAAGGAACCACCAGAUAUAAGACUGGAAUCGAGGUACAGGCAAAUCUGCGUUCGGUAUUGGAUGUUUAUCCCCUUUUUGAAAACGCAAGAUCCAAUCAAACUCAAUGCUAUGCCCGCUCUCUUCGCUCUAACAUUGGAAGCUGCCACGAGCGAGGAGAUAAGUCAUAUUAUUGACGCUGUUCAAUAUAUUGACGGGUUCCGGCAUAAGCUAGGGCAUACCAAGGAGCAAGUGGCUAAAUCCCUGAUAGGAGCGGCAAAAAUUGUAUUAAUGUUUGAAGAUGAGAUGGAGAAGGAAUUGUUACAGCAAUGCUCUGCGACGUUGUCAGGAGAUAUCUGA